AUGAAAAUAUUUCUAUUAUUCUUCGUUUUUUAUUUCUCAUCUAUCUUUUUUCAAGAAAGCAAUGCCGAAAUAGUUUGUAACAACUAUGUCAGCGAUAUUGAUAUUAUCAAUCGAAAUCCAUUUUAUGUUCGAACUUUUUGGUAUGAUUACAUAACAUCUGUUGGGUUGGACAGUAGACAACGAGUAUCACAGUUUACUAUAGCCAACAAUGUUAAUCCUGCGACAAACAUAUAUUGUUUGAAAAAUUUACUGAAACUUGUAUUAAUCAAUACUAAUUUAUCGAUCGUACCCGAUAUAAAAAAUUUUCAAAAUUUAAAUUCCUUAAUAAUUCAAUCAGACAAUGGUUGUAUUGGCCAACAUUUGCCAGCUGAAUUUGGGCAAUUAACUUCUCUGACAAAUUUAGAAUUAACCGAUAUUAAAAAUCUUGAAAAUCUACCUAAUGAAAUUGAAGCUUUAAUUCAAUUACAAUCAUUAACAUUAAAAAAAAUUCCAAAUCUUAACAAAAUACCUGAUGACAGUAUUGGCAAAUUAACAAAUCUCAACGAAUUAAAUUUAAUCGAUUUACCAAAUCUAUCAAAUGUUCCAUCAACAAUGAAUAACUUUCAAUCUCUACAACGAUUAGUAAUAUCCAACUUGAAUAUUAAUAGUUUACGAUUAGAUAAUCUCGCUCGUUUGAUGACUAUAUCCAUAGGAUCGAAUUCAUUAUUGCAAACUAUUCAACUUACAAAUAUGCUUCAAUUUUCAUCAAUUGAUAUUCAAAAAAAUACUGAAUUAUUAACAUUAAAGUUACAAAAUGUCUCUAUGACAAACUCAUUAACGGUAUACGCAAAUACAAAAUUAACGUCUAUAGUUAUGGACAAUGUAUCUGGUUUACAAGUAAUAUCAAUUACUAACAGUGAACAAUUGAAAAAAAUUUCAAUAGAAAAUGCCGAUAGAUUAUAUAGCUUAUCGUUAAAUUCGUUAGCGAAUUUCGAAUCAAUUUCAAUUCAUAAUGCACCAUUAUUGUCGACUGUUAGCAUUCAAUACAGUCCUCUAUUACAAACUAUUUUAUUUAAUAAUACAUCGUCAAUGCAAACUCUCGAUUUAUCUGGAUGUCAAUUAACAACGUUUCCUGAAAGUAUUUUAACAAUAAAAUCGUUAGUAACCUUAGUGUUGACAACAAAUCGAUUAUCUGCAUUACCAUUAACAUUAUCAACUGAUUUGCCUAAUUUACUAUUUCUCAAUUUAGUCAAUAAUAAAUUUCAAGGAGCAAUUUUUCAACCACCGCUUAUUUAUCUGCGCGAACUUUAUCUAAGUAAUAAUUCAUUCACAUCUUUGGAUGGUAUUGGAAGCUAUCAAUCACUUCAACGAUUCGAAUUAGAUUUUAAUCAAAUAUCAUCGAUUCCAACGGAAAUCAUGCAAUUAUCACCGAUGUUACAGUCGUUACAAGCCAGAUUUAACCAAUUGACUACUAUUCCAUAUUCAAUGACAAAUAUGAGAUCACUAACCUCGUUUUUCGCGGAUAAGAAUAAUAUUUCGUCUAGUGAACGGUUAUACCUCAUAAAUGCAUUCCAACAGUCACUCGUAAAACUUUAUAUUUAA